GUCGAUGUUGACGGAGCUUGACAGAAGGACGCAGCGCCACUAUCCUACUCGAGAGCGGCGCUGCAGGUCAACGAAAACCAGACUUCAAAGUGGGCUCAAGUGGCCUUGAGGGGAGUUCCGGGUGGAGUCGCCGUCUCUGCUUUUCUUUGACGUGCUCAGCCGGAAAGUAAAGUCCAUUGUUCCCGUGACACUUUGCUAAACGAAGCCCACAGUCCUUGUUACGAAGUCGCUUUGCGAGGCCUUAUGGGUAAUGUUGUCCUUUCGUGUUGUUCUUGUUAGCAUUGUUAAGUUAGCAGUUCAAAGGGCGACGCCGCGUAUCAGUCAUUAACAGGACCCAGAACACAAGAGCAGACCCAGGAACAGUGGAGGCGCUGCUGUGCACGUGAGGUCCCGUCAGGACGUCACGCUUCACUCGAACCUUCUCCGACGCACCUGUCCUCCGUUUUGAACUCCAGUGACCCAGACACACUCAUCAUCAUCAUCAUCAUCAUCAUCAUCAUCCACCCAACGUCCGCUGUCGAUGUGUUAGAGUCCAUGUGUACAUCAGCUCCACCCUCGAGACCUUUUUCUAGAAAUAAAACCCUGCACUCCACGAAGCCCGCUCCUUGUUGAUGCUUUUGAACCCCUUGUAAAAAUCCAUCCCAUAAACAGCUGUGCUGUGGAGCGGCCAUGUACCCCGUGGACCUUCCAGCCGUGGAGGACUUUGCGGCGACCUCAGCGUCUGAGGAGUACCUCUCCUCUUUGGAGGCGAGGCCUCGUGAUGACGAGUGGUUUCAGUUAUCACAGAGUUCAAAGGUAGCGAUAACACUGGCCCACGUGAGGCGAUUGCAGCUGUUUGAGGACGACCGGCCCGACUGCACGCUGCUGGCCCUUCACCCUCCUGAGGACCCCACACGAGUGGCGGCGUUAUACCUGCAUGGGAAGUGGUGGCGCGUGGACGACGUCUUGCGCACGUCAAGCAACUCCAGAAUUGGUUUGAUUUUGGUGCGGUCGCUGAUGGAGAGGGUGAUCGUGUUCCUGCUCAGUCAGGUGGUGGACAGGGCCUCCCAGGAGAAGCUGCUGUUCUCCCUGCACCCCCGCACCGAGAGCUGCAAACUGCUGUGGAGGGACGGCCAGGCGGUCGGCUUCUACACCUUCAAACACAAAGGCAGCCUGUGUGACGGCUGGAGCGGUCGCUGCUACCUGCUGCCGGCUCUGGACACGGUGCUGGUGAGGAGGAGCUGGAGGAGGAGAGGCCUCGGUCUUCAGAUGCUGGCAGAUUUCUGCUCCUCAUUCUCCACGGAGCGGUUUCUGGGAGUCAGCUCUCCACUAUCACCCAGCAUGGUGGCAGUGUGCAGGAGCUUUCUGCAGCAGCACGAGGAACAUCUGGAGCAUCUGUAUGAGGUGGAGGCUCCAGGGGACUGGACUCGGCGAUGGAAUAUCUGGCUCAGCAUCCAGCUCGGCCGCUAUUCCCUUGGUCUUAAAGAGGAGAGCAGUCCAACAUCCGGGGAAACGCAGAGGAACCAAGAUGAGUCCCCUGACAAGGGUCUCCAGUUUGUUUCAAAGCAGAACUCCACUUCCCGACCUCACCCGACCUCACUGACCGCCUGUGAUGUGAACUCCUACCCGGCAAUGGGCUCUUCAGUACAACAAGUGAAAGCUUGUGAUCCAAGCCGAGCAGGACGCUCCCCAGGCAGCAAGAUCUCGGCAGCCCACACCGAUGAUCUGGACUCCGGACCCCCCUCCAGACCACCGCCGUCCCUGAACACAAAACAAAGUCUGAAAUCCAACUCGUCUCUAUCUGCAGAGCCUCGGCGGGAGAAGCCCGAGGCGGAGGGAGCACAAAGCGCUGCCAAACGAGUCAGGAGGACAUGAGGUCAUAUGGACACAAGAAACUCGUGUAACAGCAGGAACUGUUCUUCCAGAUAAAGGGAGGAUCUAUCCUCCCAGACUGAGGGGACUUGAGGUGUUGAACCACGGUCCCAUGGUGUUCAAUGUCUCUGUGCAUCUUAAAGGAAUAGUUUAAUGUUGGGAAAGACGCAUAUUGCGCUUCAUGCAGGGCGAUACAAUAUAUGAAAAAAAACCUUGUUUUAACAGUCAACAAUCACAUUAUUAUGUUUUGCAGUCAUUAAUAGUUGGGUAAAUAAAGAAAUACUUUGGGUCCAUUGAUCCCAUUAGGACUAUGACACCUCUUAUAUAAUAUAGCGUGCGUUCAGCUUUCAUACAUGAUCUUAGAAGCUCUUAGAUUUCCCCGUCCCGCCAGUACUCACAUGUUGACUUUGUUUAGGUUCAUUUACCACAUGGCACAACACCUGCCUUUCUCCAUCCUCAUGAGCAAAUCUCAAGGAUUGCAUUUUUUCAUCUACGUAACAUUUCAAAAAUCAGGCACAUCUUGUCUCAAAAAGAUGCAGAAAAGCUGGUUCACGCGUUUGUUACUUCCAGACUAGAUUACUGCAACUCCUUAUUAUCAGGCUGCUCUAAUAAGUCUCUUAAAUCCCUCCAGUUGAUCCAGAAUGCUGCAGCUCGUGUACUCACAAAAACUAAGAAAAGAGAUCACAUUACUUCUGUAUUAGCUGCUCUGCACUGGCUCCCUGUAAAAUCAAGAAUCACAUUUAAAAUUCUUCUCCUCACCUACGAAGCCUUGAUUGGUGAUGCACCAUCAUAUCUUAAGGAGCUUGUAGUACCAUAUUGCCCCACUAGAGAGCUGCGCUCCUCUCUACCUCCUUCUGUUUCAUGGAUUGGAGUUCCAUUCAUACAUUCUGUCAUAUUCAUGUAAUGUGUUUAUGUAACUGUAACUGUUCAUUCUGUACACAUGACAUCUAUUCAUCUGUCCAUCCGGGGAGAGGGAUCCUCCUCUGUUGCUCUCCUGAAGGUUUCUUCCCUUUUUUCCCUGUGAAAGGUUAUUUUUUGGGGAGUUGUUCCUGAUCCGAUGUGAGGUCAAAGGUCAGGGAUGUCGUAUGUGUACAGAUUGUAAAGCCCUCUGAGGGGAGUUUGUAAUUUGUGAUAUUGGGCUAUACAAAAUAAACUGAAUUGAAUG